GCCUGAGCGACCGGUAUAGGGAGCCGCACUUCUGCGUUCCUGUCAGGGUGUCCUCAGAAGCCUCCAGUUGAAACUCCAGCAGAAGCCAGGCAUGAUGGCUGUGGACACAAGAAAGUCUGCUGGCCAGCUGUUCCAAGCCCCGUGGGGUCAGCAGGGGCCUGUGAUGGUGAAAGUGAAGUUGGAGGAAGACCACCCCAGGAAUCAGGGUCUCAGCCUUCCAGAGAACCAGCCUCCUGCCUGGGAGAUCUUCAGGCAGCAGUUUAGACACUUCUGCUACCAGGAUUCCCCUGGUCCCCAAGAAGCACUGAGCCAGCUCCGGGAGCUCUGCCAUCAGUGGCUCAGGCCAGAGACACAUACCAAGGAGCAGAUCCUGGAGCUGCUGGUGCUGGAGCAGUUCCUCUCCAUCCUGCCCCAGGAGCUCCAGGCCCAGCUGCAGGAACAUCAUCCAGAGAGUGGGGAGGAGGUGGUGACCAUGCUGGAGAAUCUGGAAAGAAAGAGAAAUGUACACAUAGGAAGAGACUACUUUCAGCCUGUGCUCUGGAACAGAAGAUCCUUUUGCAUACAGUGACACUUAAGACACUAGAUGAAGAAUCUUCAUGUACCCGAGUUCAGCCUCCAGCAGUCCAGUUCAAGGGCGAAGGACCUGAGCCCCACCCUUCAGAGGAAAGAGAUGGUGGUGUGAGGACUGAGAACCUGACAUUAGAAGUGAAGCAGGAACCUUAUGAAGAAACAUUAUGGUGUAGGGAGGGGUCUGAUGGACAUCAUGAAACCGUGUGUCAGCAUGCCACAUACAGAGGAGACAGUGAACCUAGUGGAAGUUUGGAGUUGCAGGAUGGGGAUGCCACAGGUGAGAAAACAUAUGAAUGUGAUGAAUGUAGGAAAACCUUCACUUGUAUAAGAGGCCUUCAGAUGCAUAGGAGGAUCCACAUUGGGAAGAAACCAUAUUCCAGUACAGAAUAUGAAAAGGCCUUCAUCGGACAUGCAGAGCUUACCCAGCAUCAGGGGCUUCAAAGCAAGGGAAAA